ACCCCGAUUGGUGGGAGUGCUGGGUUUGAAUACUGGACCGGCGGUUGAGGGGAAGGGGUGGGUGAGUCUCAUUUCUGUAGAGGAUUUUUGAUUAUAAUCAUGAUGACGGAGAGCCGCGGCAAUUUGCUUCAACGCUGACCGUGUUGCAUGCGAGUGAGAGAGAAACCGACGAGGAGGACCUUGGCUACGCAGCAAUGGCUGUGGGGAGAGAGUAUGUGGAAGCAGCUGGGCUUCGGGAGGUCAGUCCAGGCGGCCGGUGGCGGCAGCGGCGACGCUGGGCUUUCAAGAAAGGCAAGGAGGAUGGAGGCUACGAGGAGGAGGGCGAGGAAGACGGCGAGAGCCUCCCAGUGCUGACCCUGAGCCACUUCUCCCGGCCGCCGUUCCUCAGCUUCGGCACCGUCCGCGUCGGUACGUCGCGCCUUCGUCGCCUGGCUCUGGAGAACCCGAACGCCGAGCCUGUCCGUGUGGCCAUUUGCCGCCCUCCACCGGCCUCGAAAGGCUUCACCGUAGAGCAGCACCUCUGUCUCCUUAAGUCUGGAGAAAGAACAUUAAUUUCAAUAACAUGGACACCACUAGAAGGUGGCAAAGUUCGCGAGCUCAUAACUUUUAUUGUAAAUGAUGUUGUUAAACAUCAAGCAGUUUUGCUGGGUGUUGCUGAGCAAUCUACAAAGAAAAAGAAGAGUCUUUGGGAUACAAUUAAAAAGAGAACUCCUGCACAGCAAUCAGGAUGUAAGAAAAGACUUCCCAUCAUUAAAAAUGUAAAUAAAACUUUUCAGAUGUCUGGAAAAACUGGAAAGGGUAGAAGUCCUCUUCAGUCCUGUGAGAACUUGGAAGUGACAGGAGCUACCAUUUCACCUAGUGGGGAUACCGUAAUCCUGUUAGAAAAUAAGCUCUUUCACUCUCCCACUAAUCCCAUCCUGCAAGAAAACCAGCAUGUCACUUACACCCCGCUUUCGAUGAGGAGAUCAGUUACAUAUACUGCUCUUGGUACAGCAGCUUGUGAUGAAUUGCAACAGGAUAUAAAAGAGACCUGUCAUGUUAUGCCAUUUGUGGAAGCAGAACUAGAAAGAGCACAUAACAGUAGCUCAGUGGAAGCACAAAGUUUUAAUACAAAUUCUAUUUGCACUCCAGAAGAGCUGAAAAGACUGCACUUUCCUUUGAAUCACAGAAGAAUUUUAAGCCCCGAUUCCUUUGUAAACAAUAGCUAUGAACUUUGUGAAGAACCUGCUAUGGCUGCAACAGCGCCAGUUCUUUCACCUGAUCAGUUUUUAAAAGAGAAUCAAAUAGUUAUUCACCCAGUGUCACAAGUACAUGAAUCUGUGUCCCUUUCCUCGAGUGUGGAAUCUUGCAUGUCGAGGACUAUUUUUUCAAAACAGAAGAAAAAGAUGCAAGUUUUAACUUUUUCUGUGGAACCCCAGGUUUCAAGUAAGUCCCUUAAUGACAUGCACAAUAAAAAAUGUGGAGCAUUUCAGUAUGAGAAGUUUGAACAAAAUGUCAGUGGAUGCAGAAAAACUGACCAAGAUCAGACUCGCUGCUUCCAGAAAGAACAGGGUAAAAAAAGGCCUGUGCUUUCCAACACUGUUACUAAAAGCAAGCCUGAUCGUCCUGAGGGAAAAGGAAUUGACACACUAAAACCAAAAUCUAGAAAAUGUCUUUCUAAUGCAAUCCAGCAAUGUGCGGAUAUUGUACCUGAAACAGAAAAACUGGAGAUGUUGCCAGAACUUCCAGUUAUAGAACCUUUCUCAGGUGAAGCUAAAUAUAAAGUUAAAACAGCUUCACCUGGUUUAGGAUCAACUUUGCAUAAUCGUAAAAGAAAAAGCAGGGAAUACUUGGAAGAUACUAAUAGUGGAAGUGGAGAAUAUGCGGAGAACUUUGAAAGAAAAAAAAUCCUGACAUCCUUUAUGGAAAAUGAAAAUCAGAGUGCUUUGAAAACAUUGUUUCCCAAAUCUGUGAACAGAGAGAAGCAAAAUCAGAAAAAGAGACCUGGUUCCUUAUCUCAAAAAUGGAAGACUAGCAGAAAAACUAGAAACAUUGUUCCUGUUGCACAAUCUCAGCUGACCUUUGUGAAACCUUUAAAAACAGGUAUUCCUAGACAUCCAAUGCCUUUUGUGGCCAAGAACAUGUUUUAUGAUGAGCGAUGGAAAGAGAAACAGCAACGAGGUUUUACUUGGUGGUUGAAUUUUGUACUUACUCCUGAUGACUUUACUGUGAAAACGGACACUUCACAAGUCAAUGCAGGGUCCCUUAUCUUGGGAACAGAGUCUCAUAAAUCAAGCGUUCCUAGAGCACCAACAAAAGAAGAAAUGUCUUUAAGAGCAUAUACAGCUCGGUGCAAAUUGAACAAACUUCGUCGCUCAGCUUGCCAUUUGUUUACUUCAGAUGAGAUGGUUAAAGCAAUAAAAAGGCUGGAGGUUGAAAUUGAAGCAAAGCACUUGCUAAUUCGGAGGGACAGACAUCUGUGGAAGGAUAUUGGUGAGCGACAGAAAAUCCUCAACUGGCUUUUAUGCUAUGAUCCACUAUGGCUACGCAUAGGUCUAGAAGUAGUCUAUGGGGAGCUGAUUGCCUUGGAGAGUAACAGCGAUGUUAUGGGCUUGGCAAUGUUUAUACUUAAUCGCUUGCUGUGGAAUCCAGAUAUUGCAGCUGAAUAUAGGCAUCCAACUGUGCCUAACCUUUAUCGAGAUGGUCAUGAAGAAGCAUUGUCCAAGUUUACGCUGAAAAAACUUCUGCUCCUGGUUUGCUUCCUUGAUCGUGCCAAACUGUCUAGAAUUAUUUAUCAUGACCCUUGCCUCUUCUGCAAAAAUGCAGAAUUCAAGUCUAGUAAAGAGAUACUGCUGGCAUUUUCCCGAGACUUUCUAAGUGGAGAAGGUGAUCUAUCUCGCCAUCUUGGCUUCUUGGGCUUUCCAGUUAAUCAUGUGCAGACUCCACUUGAUGAAUUUGACUUUGCUGUAACAAAUCUAGCCACAGAUCUGCAAUGUGGCAUUCGUCUUGUGAGAGCAUUGGAACUUCUGUCAUCAAACUGGAGUCUUUCAAAAAAAUUAAGAGUUCCAGCAAUAAGCAGACUUCAAAAGAUGCAUAAUGUUAAAAUUGCCUUUCAGGAACUAAAAGAUCAUGGGAUACAGUUAGAAGGUGAACAUGGUAAAACAAUUGAUGCUAAGGAUAUUGUGGACCGGCAUAGAGAGAAAACACUUGCAUUGCUAUGGAAAAUAGUAUUUGCUUUUCAGGUGGAUGUUUCUCUUGAUAGGCAUCAACUGAAAGAAGAAAUUGGUUUCUUGAAGAACAUGCAUGUCACAAAAGUGAAAACAGCUGCUUUGGAAUCUUCUGUUCCUAGCAAAGUGAGAAAAGAUAGCAGCAGCUUUUAUUCAUCUGAAAGCUGCAGUGAAAAUGUAAAGUUGCUGAUGGAUUGGGUCAGUGCUGUCUGUGGGUUUUACAAUGUCAAGGUGGAAAAUUUCACAGUAUCCUUCUCAGAUGGAAGAGUGUUAUGUUACUUGAUUCAUCAUUAUCAUCCAUGUUAUGUGCCUUUGGAAGCUAUAUGCCAGCGUACAACUCUAACAGUAGAAUGCACUAAAAGUGGCACAACAGUACUAAAUUCCUCCUCUGAAUCUGAUGGUUCUCUAAAUCUACUGAAUGGAACGUUUGAUGAAACUAUAACGUCUUCAGUACUUUAUAAAGAGCUCCUUGACAAUGAGAGGAGAAACUUCCAGCUGAUUAACGCUGCAGUUUCUGAUCUUGGAGGUGUUCCAGCUAUGAUUCACCAUUCAGACAUGUCUAAUACCAUACCUGAUGAGAAGGUAGUUAUUGCCUUUGUGUCAUUUCUGUGUUUGCGACUUCUAAAUCUCUCUAAAGAGAUUCGAGCAGCUCGGCUCAUUCAAUCUAUGUGGAGGGAACACAGAUUGAAAAGAAAAUUAGCUCAGACCAUGGAGCAAAAAAUUAAUGCAACAGUUGCAAUUCAGAAGCAUUGGAGAAGAUAUUUGGCUCAGAUGAAAUUUCAGAAUAUAAAAAAGGCAAAGCAGGAAGAUGCUGAAAGGGUAUCUUCUAUGAUCAUUCAGACUUACUGGAGAAGAUAUCAUGCAAGAAGAAAAUAUUUGCAACUACGGCACUAUACAAUUAUUGUGCAAGCAAGGAUCCGAAUGUUGCUUGCUGUUACUGCUUAUAAAAAAGUUUGCUGCGCUGCCCUCACUAUUCAGAGGCGCUUCCGGGCUUUGUUGACAGCAGAUGCCGAUCGAAGAAGAUAUCAAAACAUGAAGGUGUCUGCACUUGUGAUUCAGUCUGCAUUUAGAAGAUGGAGAGUAUGCAAAAGGAAUUCAAAAGUUAAAACCGAGAUGCUUUUGCAAGCAAACGAACAAGCAAAGGAGAGAGCUGCUGUUGUAAUUCAGUCGCGGUACAGAAUGACCAGAGAUCGAAACAAUUACUUGCGUAUCAGACAGAGUGUUAUCAAGAUACAAGCCUUAUUCAGAUGUCUUCAAGCUAAAUACAUUUAUCAACGGAAAAGGCGGUGUGCGGCGGCUAUUCAGAAGUGUUAUAGAGCUUACAGGCUGGGAAAAACUGAAAGGGAAACAUAUUUGCAAAAACGUGCAGCAGCUAUAUUCUUGCAGUCAGUUUAUAGGGGGAUGAAAACUCGCUUAAUGUAUAGACAAGUAAGAGCUGCCUGUGUCAUUCAGAUACACUACUGUGCGUACAGAAAGCAAACCUUUCUGAGACAGAAAUUCUUGCAAGUAAAAAAGGCAGCUGUGUGUUUGCAAGCAGCCUAUAGGGGCUAUAGAUUACGCAAAAUGCUCAAGUGUCAACAUACGGCUGCCGUUAAGAUCCAGUCCGCAUUUAGGACUUAUGCUGCGAGAAGGAAAUACCUGGCCUUGAUUCAAGCUUCCCUUGUGAUUCAGAGAUGGUACAGGGCUUCCAAAAUCAGAACAAGGUUUUUGAAGACAAAAGCAGCUGUGACUUGUUUGCAAGCAGCUCUGCGUUCCUGGCAAGUAAGGAAAUGGAUUCAGGGGCAGCAUGCUGCUGCAGUUAAAAUACAAUCUGCCUUUAGGAGGUACACUGCUCUGAAAAGGUUCAGGCUGAAGAGAAAUGCUGCUCAAACUCUUCAGCAGCAUUAUAGAGCCAAAACUUGGGGUAGAAAACAACAGCAGGAAUAUGUUUUGCUUCGCAGUAGCAUUAUACAGCUCCAGGCAGCUUGGAGAGGAAGUGUUGUGAGGAAGCAAAUUGAAAGAAAGUGCCAGGCUGCAGUGGUUAUACAGUCCUAUUUCCGGAUGCAUAUCAAGCAAUCAAAGUUUAAAAGCUUCAAAGGAGCUGUUGUUAUAAUUCAAAGGUGGUAUCGUGCUGUUAUGCUAGCCAGGAGUGAAAGACAGGAAUAUCUUGCUUUAAAGGUGGCAACUGUUAAAAUGCAGGCGAUUUACAGAAGUGUGAGAGCAAGACAAAGAAUUCGAUACAUGCACCAAGCAGCAGUUAGUAUCCAAGCUAUGUUUAAGAUGCAUCGGAGUAAUGUUAGAUAUCGGGCAAUGAAACUGUCAGCUACUAUAAUUCAGAGACGAUACAGAGCUUUUUGCAGAGGAAGAAUGGAACGGAAAAACUAUCUCAAGCUAAGAAUGGCUUCUCUUAUCCUUCAGGCUGCCUACAGAGGAAUGAAAGUCAGACAGGAGGUAAAAAAUUUGCACCGGUCUGCAACUUCUAUUCAAUCAUUUUAUCGAAUGUACAUGCAACGGAAAUAUUUCCAAAAGUUAAUUGCAGCAGCAAAACUGAUUCAGUGGUGGUAUCGUAGUUGCAAAGAACGAAAUUCUCAGAUGUGCAAAUACCGACAGAUGAAGACUUCUGCCCUCCAAAUCCAGUCUGCCUUCCGAGGUAUGAAAGCAAGGCUACAUUUGAAAAAGAUGCAUGUAGCUGCCACCACCAUUCAAAGGAGAUUUAGAACUUUUCUUCAGAGGCAAAGCUUCAUUUCUCUUAAGACAGCUGGUGUUAUAAUUCAGAGGAAGUACAGAGCAGUGGUACUCUCAAAACAGCAGAGGGAAGCGUAUGUCCGUCUCUAUAAAGCUGCUGUCAUAAUGCAGUCUACCUUCAGAGGUCUUCUGGCCAGGAAAUAUGUGAAGCAAAUGCAGGGAGCUGCUACAGUUAUCCAAGCGGCCUUUAGAAGGCAUAGAGCUUUCACUCAAUACCAAGCUGUGAAGCUUGCUUCGAUUUCAAUACAGCAGCAUUUUAGAGCAUACCAAGAGACCAAACGUGUGAGAGGAGUCUACUUAAAACAGCGUCGCUCUGUUUUAAUUCUUCAGGCUGCUUGCAGAGGAAUGAAAGGGCGACGCAUCUUGAAGGAACAACAUUAUGCAGCCACAGUCAUACAGAGUAAUUACCGAAAGCACAGGCAACAGUGUUCCUACCAAAAAGUGCAAUGGGCAGCCAAAGUUAUACAGAUAAGAAUCAGAGCCAACAAGCUGUGCAAAAUUGAAGUCCAGCGGUAUUCCUCUGUUAAGAAUGCUGCCAUUUGCAUUCAGAAAGCUUUUCGCAGGACGAAGGCAAGACGGUGUCAACAAAGGCACCAAGCUGCUAUUGUGCUUCAGCGGCAUUUUAAAACGCAGAGAGAACGCAGGAAGUACCUUGCUCUUAAAGCUGGUACUAUAGUCCUACAGAGACGGUACAGAGCAUUAAUUUUGGCAAGAAGGCUGGCUCAGGAAUAUGUUUCUAUUCGUGCAGCAAUUGUUUGUGUCCAGUCUUUCUAUAGGGGAUUUAAAAUAAGGAAAGAAAUUGAGCGUGUGCAUUUAGCAGCAAGGGUAAUUCAGGCAGCAUUUAGAAUGCAUCGGGCUAAGGUCUCUUACCAGAGGUUGAGAGGUGCUGCUAUCACCAUACAAAAUUACUACCGGUCUUACCUCAAAGGAAAGAAUCAGGAAAAUGCAGACUUGGCAAUUAGGAAAUCUUCUAUAAUGGUUCAGGCCACAUACAGAGAUAUAAGAACACAGCAAGGACUGAAAGCCACACACGUCUCGGCAACUCUCAUCCAGUCUCUUUAUCGUAUGCAUGUGCAGUGCAAACAUUACAAGCUGAUAUGCUGGGCUGCAAUAACGAUCCAGUCUGGCUAUCGUGGAAGUAUAUCACGUAAAAAGGCAAAGGAAAUGCGUGCAGCAAGAAAGAUUCAAUCCUUUCUCCGCAUAGCUGUGGCUCGUAGAAAGUUGAUUCAGCUCAGAAGUGCAGCUAUUGCAUUGCAGACUCAAUACCACGCAAAUAAAGCCAUAGAGCAAUACCAGAAAUACUGGGCAGCUGCACUUUUAAUACAACAGCGUUAUCGAUCUUACUUGGCUGUGAAACAUCGAAGAGUGGCUUAUUUGCAAACUUUGAGGAGCAUCUGCAUUAUGCAAGCUACAGUCGGGAGUUUCCUUGAACAUCGAAGGGUUUGCAGAAUGAAAAAUAUAACACAAUAUCAGGUUUUGGAACAGAGCCAGCAGAGUUUUCUGCUUCGUUUUGGAGCUGCUGCGUAUCAUCAUCUUGCUGCUAUCAGAAUUCAGAGGGCUUACAGAAUGCAUCUUCAUUUGAAAUGCGUACACUUGCAGCUCUCUUCAGUUCUGUACAUUCAGAGGUGGUAUCGAGCAAAACUGCAGAGGAGGAAAUACCUACAAUAUCGUGAGAAGAUUAUUAAAAUACAAAGAAUAGUGAAGAGAUGGAUGAGUUGCAGAAAUGUUGCUGCAGAUGCAGUUCAGGAAAGCAAAACCCAAGAAACCCUCACCAAUGGAAUAACUAAAUUUCAGGCAUUGUGGAGAGGGUAUUCAUGGAGGAAGAAGACUGAUACUGCAGAAACUAGAACUCUGCGAGACAGUUUGGUGAUUGCCAAUAAAGAAAGCAAAGAAGAGAAGAAGCUAUGUAACAGAACUGCACUUGCCAUUGAUCGCCUUCUCAAAUAUAAACACUUUUCUUAUAUUCUGGCAGCUUUAAAAGACCUAGAGGUUGUUACUCGACUAUCUCCUGUCUGUUGUGAAAGUAUGGCCCAGAGUGAAGCAGUAUUCACUAUUUUUACUUUGAUACGGAGUUGCAAUCGCAGUGUCCCUUGCAUGGAUGUUAUACGUUACUCUGUCCAGAUCCUGCUUAAUUUGUCAAAGUAUGAAAGAACUACUCAAGCUGUUUAUACAGUGGAGAACUCCGUAGACACUUUAUUGGACCUACUUCAAAUGUACAGAGAGAGAGCUGGUGACAAAAUUUCAGAGAAAGGUGGAAGCAUUUUUACCAAGACAUGCUGCCUCUUUGCUCUUCUUUCAAAGGACUCAAGAAGAGCUGCUGAGAUCCGAAGGAGCCCACAAGUAGUAACUCGCCUUCAGAGCCUGUUUAAACUCACAGCACGGAAACAUCAAAUGGAUGCACAAAGAAUGCUUGCCAAACAUAAGUCGGGUGCAUACAAAAAUGGGCAUUUCUCUGUCCCAAUAACUCCUAUAAGAACAAAUACAGUUUCAAGACACAGACCAGAAUGGGUUUUAAGGAGAGAUAAUAUACAAGAGAUUGUUGAUCCUCUGCUAGCAAUUCAAAUGGUCAUGGAUACACUUGGAGUUUCUUAUUACUAAAGGAUAAUGUGCUUGAUAAAACAAUUUGUAAUUAUGUCUGUUGUUAAAAAGAAAGCAUUGUCAGCAUUAAUUUUCAUAUGAUGUUUAUCCAUAUUCACAUUAUGUAGAGUUGAUAUAUUCAGUUUUGCUUACUAGUGUAUUGUGUGUGUGUGUGUGUGUGUGUGUGUGUAUGCUGUAAUACCCAAGUUUCAUUGCAAUUUUUUAUAUCUCAGAGACUGGUAUUGUCUUUAUUAAUGCGAAAUAUUAAAAUAUUACUGGGGUAUGAUUUGUAAGUAACAAACUUGAAACUGUGUACAGGUUUUUUAAGACUGAGAUUUUAUAUAAUAAAAAGCAAACUGUUAAGCUUUAA